AUGCUCAACCAUCUUCUUAAGGACACUUACACUGGUGAAGGUGAUGAUGAGGAGGAGAAUGUAUCCAUUAUUUCCAUUAAUGGAUUAGGAGGCUUGGGAAAGACCACGCUCGCUAAAUUAGUGUACAAUGAUGAUAGGGUAGUAGCAAAUUUUAAUUUGAGAAUUUGGAUUUGUGUCUCAAAUGAUUUUGACAAUAAAAGAUUGCUCCUAGAAAUUGUCACGGCUGCAACUAAAGAAACAUGUGAGGAUGAAAGCAUUGAAGAGAUGUCAAUGAAGCUCCAGCACUCUUUGAAAAACAAGAAACUUUUAUUGGUGUUGGAUGAUGUUUGGGACAAAAAGCCAAUGGGAAUUACGUUUGAAAAAUGGAUUGAUUUCAAAGAAGAGGAGGGAAACCAUCCCAAGUUGGUGGAAAUAGGGGAAGAUAUUGUGAAGAAGUGUGGAGGGGUUCCUCUUGCCUUGUACACCAUAGGGGGCCUACUCAAACCGAACAAGGAUGAGCGUUAUUGGUCACAUGUUAGAGACACUGACAUAUGGAAAUUGGAACAGGAAAGCAAGAGCAUUUUACCUGCACUCAAGUUAAGCUAUGAUGCGUUGCCGGUCUACUUGAAACCUUGUUUUGCUUUUUGUUCACUUUUUCCGAAGGAUUACAUAUUUAGAAGCGAAGACUUGAUUCCGUUGUGGAUGGCUCAAGGCUUUGUUCGAUCCUCCCAAGAACAUGGAAACCAAGAGCUUGAAGAUAUUGGUCAGCGCUACAUAAGGCAACUAUGUUCUAGGUAUUUCUUCCAGAUCGUGGAAUAG